GCGGGGUGGGCGUCCAGCAGCGCUGCGCGGAAGGCGAGUGGCACCGCUGCGACCCCGGGACUCCAGCUCCGCGCCUGUAAAAUGAAUGAAAAUAAACCAGAUAAUUCAAAAAAUCUUGCUUGUAUUUUCUGUCGAAGAAAUGAUGACUGUCCCAACAAAUACGGAGAAAAGAAAACUUACGAGAAAUGGAAUUUAAGUGUGCAUUACUACUGUUUGUUAAUGUCAAGUGGAAUUUGGCAGAGAGGUAAAGAAGAAGAAGGAGUUUAUGGCUUCCUGAUAGAAGACAUCAGGAAAGAAGUCAAUAGAGCUUCCAAACUGAAGUGUGCAGUUUGCAAGAAAAACGGAGCAUCAAUUGGGUGUGUUGUGCCCCAGUGUAAACGAAGCUAUCACUUGCCCUGUGGACUUCAGAAGGAAUGUAUUUUCCAGUUUACUGGCAAUUUUGCGUCAUUUUGCUGGAAACAUCGACCGGUUCAAGCAAUUACAUCUAAUAAAUAUAGAGACUCCUUACCAUGUACUAUCUGUUUGGAAUUUAUCGAGCCUAUUCCAACUUACAACAUAUUGCAAAGUCCAUGUUGUAAGAAUGCUUGGUUUCAUAGAGACUGCUUACAGGUUCAAGCAAUAAAUGCAGGAGUGUUUUUCUUUAGGUGUACACUAUGCAAUAACACUGACAUCUUUCAGAAGGAGAUGUUGAGAAUGGGAAUUCAUAUUCCUGAAAAAGAUGCAUCCUGGGAAUUAGAAGAAAAUGCGUAUCAAGAGCUGUUGCAGAGCCAUGACCGCUGUGAUGUUCGAAGAUGUCAUUGCAAAAAAGGGCGGGACUAUAAUGAGCCUAAUAGCAAAUGGGAAGUAAAGCGUUGUCAGUGCUGUGGUUCUAGUGGAACACACUUAGCCUGUUCCUCACUACAGUCGUGGGAACAAAAUUGGGAGUGUUUGGACUGUAGAAGAAUUACCUACAAUUCAGAUUUCCAAAAGGCCCCCAAACACCCAUUAGCCAACUCUACUAAUGUGACAGUUACUGACUGCUUGUUGGAAGAGUCGUCACCUAAGCUCCCCAGACACUCAACUGUAGUCCAGCAUAAGGAACGGCUGAGGCAAGGCAGCAAAUUUAGGAGAGACAUUUCAACAAUAUUGAUAGAGUUAGGAGUCCAAAUUAAAAAGAAAGCUAAGAAAUUACACAUCAACAAAGCCAAUGUUUGGAGGAGUGCCUUAGAGCAAUUCCAGAGUCAGAAGUUUAACCCUUCAUACACCAUUGAAGUAGUGUAUGUUAAUGAAAAUGAUGAGUUUGGAAGAGAGCAUCCUGGAUCAAAGCAGGAAUUUCUGAGUCACUUAAUGCACCAUCUUGAGAAUUCAUCAUUGUUUGAAGGGUCCUUGGCAAAGAACUUGUCUCUAAAUUUGCAAGCUCUGCAAGAGAAUCUUUACUAUGAAGCUGGCAAAAUGCUUGCCAUUUCUUUAGUUCAUGGUGGUCCUUCACCUGGUUUCUUUUCUGAAACUUUAUUUAACUGCCUUGCUUACGGACCAGAAAACACUCUACCAAUUGUGGAUGAUGUUUCAGACCUUGAUGUAGCACAAAUUAUAAUGAAGAUAAAUAAUGCAGCCAAUAUGGACAAUUUAAAUUCAGUUAUAAAUGAGUGCUAUAACUACCUAGACUUUAGUAGAUGUUUAAGACUUAUGUCAACAUUAAGUGAUAAAUACAUGUUGGUAAAAGACAUCCUUUAUUACCAUGUAAUUAAGAGAGUUGAAGCACCCUUUGAGAGUUUUAAACAGGGUCUGAAAACACUUGGUGUUUUAGAGAAAAUUCAAACUUACCCAGAAGCAUUUUAUAACAUCCUCUGUUGUAAACCUGAGAAACUCUCUGCAAAAAACCUUUGUGAUCUCUUCGUAAUACGUGCGUUAUCAGAUGUCCAAACUUUGAGGUUUUGGAACAGUUACUUAGAGGCUAUAGAAGAUGGUAAAUCUACAACAACAGUGGAAGACAUUCUUAUUUUUGCAACCGGUUGUAGUUCUGUUCCACCUGCUGGGUUUAAACCCUCUCCUUCAAUUGAAUGUCUACAUAUGGAUUUUCCUGUUGCAAACAGAUGUGGAAACUGUUUAGCUCUACCAAUCACCAAAACAUAUAAAGAGUUUCAAGAAAAUAUGGAUUUUGCCAUAAGAGAUGCUCUAAGGCUAGAAAAAGAAGAAAGGUCUCACUAUCGGACAAUAAAUGUUUCUUCUAAUGAAGAAGUGCAUCUUUAAAAGUCUGCUAUUGAAACCUUUCUACUAUUCAUCAAUUGAUAACUAUUUGUAUGAAUCAUUGUUUUUGAACAUUCUAGCCAGCUUGGCUCAUCAGAAUCUAUGGCUCUCUUAUAAAGGGAUGGUUUGCUUCCCAAACCACUAAAGUUUGGGUCGGCAUUCUAGUCAUAUAUGGUGAUAGCUUUCUAUAACUGUGCUUUCUUAUUUCAUAUCUUCAAUAUGAAUAUUUUUUUGAAUGGUUGUACAAACUGUUCAGCUGUACAGGUGCUCAGCUAUAUUAGCCUGAUAUGUGAAAAAAUGUUUCCUUGAUUUUUAUAAAUUAGAAUCACUUGUAGGAUGACACCCUUUUUCUAGUUUUGUGCAGUUUUUUGGUGUUUGUUUGUUUUGUUUGUUUGUUUGUUUUUGCCUCUACAUACUCCUGGUGUCCUAGAACUGACUGUGUAGAUGGCUGUCAAAAUUCUUUAUUUUAAAGCAUUAAAUAGAAAUGUUGGUUAAGUCAUCUUAUAAAUCAAAAAUAUGGAUAUGCAUUUUUCAUUGUUUUUAUAAUUAAGUCACCAAUGUAAUAAUUAAAUAAUGACUAAUUGGAAACACUGUAAAAAGCAGAGCUUUACAAAUGACUAACUCUGGAAUCCAUGGGUUCUCUAUAGGCUGAAAGGCGCUCCUGAGGUUUUCAGAAGUGCUUGAAAAUCCCUUAGAAAGGGCAUAUUGUGUAAAGGCCAUGUAUUUAUUAGCAUGUGUCAUCUAGGUGUCUGAAUAACCUCUGUGGGUUAUCAAAUGGUUUGGCUACAGAACAGCUAUUUAUUAUCAAGAUUAUUGUAUGAUUUGUAAGAUCUAACCAUAGCAUCCUAUAGUUACCUUCUUUGCUUUCAAAAGAUACUUUGUAUAAUCAAUAAAUAGAUAAUAAUUUAAAAUUACAACUUAAAAAAUACUCUAAUUUUGCCACUUAGAGAUAAAUAAUGUAUUUUGUAUAUUCUUUAUAAACUAUUUAUUUUUCAGUGUUUAUUGUCUGUGCCAAGGUCUUUCUACAGAGCCCUUCUGUUCUAAAUUUGUAGUCCUCAUGCUGUAGUCACUUAGGUGCUGAGGUUAAGGUGUAUAACCAUGUGCCCAGCAAUGUUUAUUAUAAUUUUUAAAAAAUUUUUUCUUCGCAAAUUAUUCAUUAUAUAACCCGAUUGAAGCCCCCUUCCUUAACUCCCACUCUUCUUCCGCCUUCCCCCAUCCCUUUCCCCUAGUCCACUGAAAGGAAGAGUUCUCUGCUGUUUGCCAUCUGCUCGUAGCUUAUCCAGUCUCAUCAGGACUGCUUGGAUCCUCUUCCUCUGUGGCCUGGCAAGGCUGCAUCAUUAGGAGCAAGUGGUCAGAGAGCAGUCAACUGAGUUCAUUAGGCAGAGAAGACCUAAUUGGUGAUUAGAAGAACAUGGGUGAUGAGGGGGAGAAGACAGUUUAAUGAGGGGUGAAUAUGAUCACAGUAUAUUGCAGAUACAUAGAUAUGUAUGUAUAUGUAUCAAAUGGUCAAAGACUUUUUAAAGUUGAGAUAAAUGAAAAACACCCUCUCAUUGACUGACAUUAAGCAUCUUGCCUCUGGACACAAUGAGCUUGAGUUUUCUAGAAGACAGUCUAUAAACACUUAAAACUAUGUGACCAGAAAUAGCUAUGUGGAGUAAUCCUGUAGGCAAGACCAAGUGAGAGCUUGUGGAAGAAACAAGACAAAGUAAGAGCUCCAAGGCAGAGAAAGAAAGAAAAGGACUCUAAGGAUAAAGUCUUGAGAAAGUCCACUCUGUAACAAGUACAAACAGCUGGAGAGUAGGCCAGGAACCAGGGUACACCCUGAACAAGAUCAAUCUCGAUGCCGUGAGCUCUUUGGCAUCUCAUGUGGAAACUACUCCAGUCAAAUAAAAUUCCAUACCUUUAGGUAAAAGAGAAUACCCUUGAUGUUGGCACGUCCCUCUAUCCCACUCCCAAUUUCUUCCCUAAGACUCUCUGCACUCUGCCCAAAGUUUGGCUGUGAGUCUCAGCAUCUGCUUUGAUCCCCGCUUGAGUGGAUCCUUUCAGAGGACUCUCUGUAGUAGGCUCUCAUACUGUUUCCUCUCUUCCACCACUUCCGGUGUCUAUCCUGUUUGCCAUUCUGAAUGAAAUUUAAGCAUCCUCCCUAGGGGCCUCCUUAGUGUUUAGGUCUGUAGAUGGCUAUUCUAUAUUAUAUGGCUUAUAUCCGCUUAUAACUGAGUAUAUAUCAUGCCUGUCUUUCUGUUUCAGUGUUACCUCAGGAUGAUCUCUUCUAGUUCCAUCCAUUUGCCUACAAAUUUCAUGAUUUCCUUGUUUUUAAUAGUGGAGUAGUAUUCCAUUGUGUAGAUGUACCACAAUUUCUGUGUCCAUUCCUCCGUUGAGGGACAUCUAGGUUUCUAGAUUCUGGCUAUUACAAAUAAAGCUGCUAUGAAUAUAGUUGAGCAAAUAUCCUUAUUGAAUAGUGGGGCAUCUUUUGGUUAUAUACUCAGGAGUGGUAUAGCUGGAUCUUGAGUUAGUGCUAUUCCCAAUUUUCUGAGAAAGCGCCAGAUUGAUUUUCAAAGUAGUUGUACAAGUUUGCACUCACACCAGCAAUGGAGGAUGGUUCCACUUUCUCCACAUUGUCUCCAGCAUGUGUUGUCACUUGAGUUUUUGAUCCUAGUCAAUUCUCAUAGGUAUAAGAUGGAAUCUCAGAGUUGUUUUGAUUUGCAUUUCCCUGAUUACUAAGGAUAUUGAGCAUUUCUUUAAGUGUUUCUCUUCCAUUCUAUAUUCCUCUGUUGAGAAUUCUCUGCUUAGCUCUGUACCACAUUUUUUAAUUGGAUUAUUUGGUUUAUUGGUGUUUAAUUUCUUGUUCUUUAUAUAUUCUGGAUAUUAGCCCUCUGUCAGAUGUAGGGUUGGUAAAGAUCUUGUCCCAGUUUGUGGGCUGUUCUUUUCUUGUGAUAGACCCUUUGCUUUUCAGUUUCACAGGGUCCCUUUUAUUAAUUGUAGAUCUUAAGAGACUGAGCUGUAGGUGUUCUGUUCACGAAGUUGUCUCCUGUGCCAAUGAGUUUGAGGCUCUUCCCCACUUUUUCUUCUAACAGGUUUAGUGAGUCUGGUUUUAUGUUGAAGUGUUUGAUCCACUUGCACUUUAAUUUUGUGCAGGGUGACAGAUAUGGAUCUGUUUGCAUUUUUCUGUAUGUGAACAUCCAGUUAUACCAGCGCCAUUUGUUGAAGAUGCUAUCUUUUUUCCAUUGUAUGGUUUUGGCAUCUUUGUAAAAAAUCAGGUGUUGAUAGGGGUGUGGGUUUAUUUCUGGGUCUUCUAUUUCAUUCCAUUGAUCCACCAGCAGCAUUUAUUUUUUAACUAUAUGAAUGCUAUCAAGAGUAACAGAAAAUCAUGUAAUAAAGUCAGUUCUCAUCAAGGCAUCUGUAAUCCAAACACUCUGCAGGAUCAGGAGAGACAGAGCAACUUUCAAACUUUUCUGGAGUACAUAUGGCCUGUUUCCAUAGUUUGAUAAAUAAGUAAAGAAACCAUGCAUAGUAAUAUCUUCAUAUUUGUAGCCUUACAAGUCUAAUGCUGUCAUCUAUCAUUAAAUAUAUGUAAGACAAAGCCCAAUUUUCAAUUUAAAAAGUCAGGGGGAGUUAAAAAAGCCAACCCUCAUAUUUUUCUUCAUGUAGAAAGCAGGAUUGGUUUCAUAGUAGUACACUUCUUAAUGCCAAAGGAAAACUCAGUUGGUAAUCAGUGUCUUUUUUUUAUUGUUACCACAUACCCUUUCAUAUUGUACUUAACAGAACUAAUAAAGUUCCUCUUUACCUUGAGCAUUUAGCAUGAAAGCAUUUCUUUAUCAUGUAUUACAUUGUGCUAGGUUUUUUUUCCUAAACAGUUGAAAUGAUCCAUUAUGAACAGUUUAAACCUCAAACUCAUCAGAUAGCUUUUAUUCAGUUGUUUUGCUAGAUUGCAUCUUUAUGUCUUAAUGUAUUCGGUUCUUAGAGUGUUAAAGUCUGUUAUAUCCACACAGCUUUAAAGUGCUAUUUCCCAGCUUGUAGUUUGAAGUAGAAUUUUUCUAGGGUAGUAAUAAGAGCUAACUCAGCCCUCAUACAAUGUUAGGCUGGGAUUGUGGAGCCUUCGGCAGGCUACAGGAAAGGUAUCAUUUUGCCUUUACUGAACUUUCUGACAUGUAAACAUGGCCUUAGCAGAGAGAUCGGGUAAACAAUCAUAGCAUAAUUACCUCUUCAUAUUUUAAAAUGUUUUUGGUUUGAAGGUUUCGUUAGCAUGGUCUCGAGUUUAAUCUUUCCACUUGAUACUUAUCAGGGAAACUACAGUGUCACUGUUUCCUUCUUGUGAUUGUUUCUAUCCUGUUCUAUAGCGUACUUCUUAACAUUAACGUAAAGAAACGUUUGGUUGAGUCAAAAGCCUCCACUAGUGUGGUCUCUGUUGUCUGAGACCAUAAUUAUGUUGGAAGAUUUGGGAACAUUUCGUUCAAUGUUAAGACAGUCUGUAAAGGGGUGUGUAACGGUAAGUUUUUCCCAGUGACAUUGCUUUGACAUUCAGUUAUAAGCAAAGAGUACGAAGUAAACUGUUGAUAGGCAUGGUUACUUUUACAAAGUUGCUAUGGUUCACGUAGUGUAAUGUAAAGCACAAGAGCAGUGAUGAAUGACUUGAGUUUGUUUUACCUGUAACUUGGGAAAUUUUGCAGCUCUUGAAAGAGACCCAGUUUUAAAAUUCCGAUGUCUGCUUUCAAAUUUCAGAAUCUGCUCUAAACCGACUAUGCACCAGACAUUGUACUGAGAAGUAGUUUAUAAGUCACUCUGUUUAAAAUAAAAACAAAAUACACAAUGCUGGCGCUGUUGCCCAGGGGUGGAGUGGCUCCCCUCUCAGCAUGUGUAAGGCCUUGCAUUUAAUUUACACUAUCACCAAAAAUUUGAAUUAAAAAAUAUAAAAUCGUAGAAUGAAGUUUCUGAGCAGAUGUUUGUCACUAAAUGUGAAGUGCUCAUAUAAACUAAAUUAGAUAACGUGUUGGGACUGACCUCAGUCAGGGUUACUAUGGCUGUGGUGAAACAUUGUGACCACCAGCACCUGAAGAGGAAAGGGUUUGUUUGGCUUACACUUCCAUGUCACUUCCUCAUUGAAGGAGGUCAAGGCAGGAACCUAGAGGGAGGCAUUGACAUAAAAGCUGUGAAUGAUUGCUACUUAAUAUCUUGCUCUCUGUGGCCUGCCUAUUUGAUUUCUUAGAGAUCCUGAAACCUCCAGUCCAGUCCAGAGCUGGCACCACACACAAUGGGCUAGGUUCUUCUCCAUCAAUCCCUAAUUAAGGAAAUGCUCUUCAGACUUGCCCUCUCCUGAUUUCUACUGAGGCCCUUUCUCAAUUGAGGUUUCCUCACCUUUGAUUGAUGUCUUUGCCUGUGCUAAGGAUCCAAUAGAUAUGAUUUUCUUUUAAUGCAGCCAUAUUUCUUCUUUUUCCUUUUUAUUAGCAUAUAAUUGUAUGAAGCAAUAGCUCUCAUGACAUUUAUGUAUAUAUGCAUGUAUGUGAUGAACUUGGAUCAUAUUCUCUCUCCUUAUUACCUUAUACUUACCUCCUCUCCCCAUUCUCACUAGUGUCUUAAACCAAUAGUCCACUUACAAGGUUAAUAAUGUUAAAGUUGUUAAGAUCAAAGAUCUUUACUCUUCAAACUUGAGAGAUCUUGUAAUUCCUCAAGAAAUGAGUUGUCCUGGGCUAUUAUUCUGUGACGAAACUAAUGUGGUUCAAUUAUUUAAUCCAAAAAAAUCCAGUCAGAUAAGCAACUACACUCUUCAGCCAUGAUUCUUAUUUUUAUUAUAAUAAUACAAUAUAAAUAUCUUUCUUGGUCCUUGCGUUGCAAGGCUUAUUUUAUAUAGGUACUCUUCUCCUGUAGGGUAUGUUUUUCUUAUUUCCUACACUGCACACUAUUUGACAGAAAUACACACACACAUUCACUCUGUAUAAAUGUUAACCUUGUCUUAGUAUUUUGUGGUAACGUGCCUUAUAAUAGUCUUUGAAGAAAUGUGUGAUGGAACUGAAAUGGUUAAAUGCCAAAUUUGUACUUAAAGUGGGACUGCUCAGGUGAAUAAAUUGACUUAUCAUUUUGGAAGGUGGAAAAGCCAUAUACUUUAUAGUCCAUGAGCACUAGAAUGUAGAAUACUUCUCUUAAGGCAGAAGCUGCUCUUCAUGGCACACCCAGGUCAUUGAAGAUUGUUAAAAUAUAAUAGCAGUGAGGAAAACCUUCAUUCUGAUUUCUUAAUGCAUGUGCCAGCUAUAAAAUAAAAGAUGAUGUAAUUUUUAAGGAAUCCGGUUCUAGGCCUAAGGUAUUUUUUGGUGGUUUUAAAAAUAAGAUAGCCUGUUGUAACUAUAAAAAUAAGCCUCUUUAUUUGUCAAUGUCUUUACUGUAAAAAAUGCGAUCUUAAUUUCAAAAAAUUAACAAUUUUAUGUAAUUUUGAAAGCCAAGGUUUAGUAUGAUUUCAUCUCAGAUUCUUAUUGCUUCAGAAUUAUCCGCUAAUGCAAUGUCUUCGUUGUAUUCGUUGAACUGGUAAUAAGUUGUCAUUGUAUAUCUAUUUUGACCUUAAUAAAAUAUUAUGUAAGUGGUCAA